AUGGCGCCUUCUAUUGUUAAACCUAGAUGGUCUGUGGCUGUCCGGCCCCUGCAGAGAUGCUGCCGGGCCCUAGGGGAGCCCCGGGGGCCACAGGAAGCACUUAGACUGGUAAAAUGGGCACUUAUUCACCGGCCCACCCCCUCUCUCUGCCCUCCCGGACCCCACCCCCUCUAUCUGCCCUCCCGGCCCCCACCCCAGGCUCUCUUCUGGGCACACACCUCUAGGGGCUGGAUAAUGGACUACUGGUCAUAUACGUCACAGUACUUCACUUUCUUCAUCCUACACUGUCGCCCGUGUUUGUUUACUUACAGUAACAUUUGGAGAACACUGAUCAACAUUCCAAUUUAUAACCAAACAAUAACAGUCAUUACCUGUAUGAUUCUGUCCCUGCAGUUGAACCCUCUGGCCAGCCAGGCUGCGGUGGCAGCAGCAGCAGCUAUGGGCUCCAUGGCCGGAUCCCAGGUCUUUGGCAACACCCUCUCCAACCUGCAAGCUGGAGUCACGGGUCAACUGGUCACUAAUGCACAAGGACAGGUUAGUGAUCUUUACCAGCCAUAAUAUCAAAAGAGGUAUCCUAUAGGUUUCACAGUGUUCAUUAGACCUGACUAGAACAACUCACUAUAAAAUGCUAAAGUUAUAGUGGAGGAAGAUCACAUCACAUAAUGAUGGUUGAAGUAUAUUUUCCAUGUUCUUCAGUCAAUGCUACACUAUACCGGUCUUAUAAACCACUUUCCGCUAACUAAAUACACACAAAUACAAUUCCAAAGCCUGGAUGGUCUCAAUAUUUCAUUUUCUUAUGUAGUAAUCUUGUUUGGGGGUUUAUUUCUUUAUUUUUCAGCUGUUUGUUAUGUGGACGCUGCUCCGUGGCAGCCGUCCUACCAUAUGUUAAGCUUUUUGGGAAUAAACAAAGCCCUUCCUCCUCUUAUCCGCAUGCACCCGUCGCAGUAAAACGCUGACCUUGUCAUAUUUACAGGGUGGCUGCAGAAUUGUUCCAUCAGUAGCCAGAGGCUUGAACGAUGACGCUUGUCAGAGUGGGGCCCUAUCUAAUGAAUCAUCUUAUCGCAGAUGCACACAGCACAUAUUAAAGGAAGAUUGUAUGGACAAUGUGCACUUUCACACCAGCCAGUUAUUUACCUUAACUCCUAUUUCAUACCUAGCUGUCCGCCCUACUCCCGCUAUCCUGUUCAUCACUAAAUUAAAACCACGACCUGACGAAUACCUUUUGUGGUUUUAUGAUAAGACAGACCUAAUUCCAUGUUUGUUUGUGUAAGUCUGUAAGGAGUAAGAAUUGCUGUACAAGUUUUUGUCUACAUGCUCAUGACAGAGCAAUGUACAUAUUGUAGGCUACUUAUAAUUGUGUAUGACUGUAUAUGUUCUUCUAUGUUUGUCCACAUAUACUGUAAACAGCAUGUGUGAGUCUGUGUUAGCCCUUGAUGCUAAAUGCGGCUAAUGAGACAGUAUGGGUUUCCCUGGUCUGGAGGUGCCCGGAGCUCCGGGGACAGAUCGACAUGGAGAUGGAUUUGAUGGGAUGCUCUGUGCUUUUGUAGUGUAUCGGCGGCUGACAUUGGCUGACAUAAUCAGGUCACUGAGACGGUCAAAGCCCUGGGCUACAGUCCUUUGCUCCCCACCUCAUUAUUUCAGAGCAUUAUUCAGCCUGAGCGCUCUGAAACAUGCACCACACUACCAACGUAGCCAGGGUCUCCCCACCACAAACGCGCGCACGCACACACACACACACCACCACCCCUCUAAUACUGGGAAGGGAACAUUAAAGAGGCUAAUGCAUGCCUGGAACUUGACUGGAAGACCGACAAACACUGCCUCAGAAGCUGCCCACCAUAAAAGCAGAACUUGUGUCACUAUGUAGAUUCCCAAACAGGAAACAAAAUAAUAUCUUUGAUCAGACUUUGGUGUUUAUUUUGCUGGAAGAAUGAUAGAGGAACUAAACUCAACAAAAAAAUAAACGUCCUCUCACUGUCAACUGCGUUUAUUUUCAGCAAACUUAACAUGUGUAAAUAUUUGUAUGAACAUAACAAGAUUCAACAACUGAGACAUAAACUGAACAAGUUCCACAGACAUGUGACUAACAGAAAUGGAAUAAUGUGUCCCUGAACAAAGGGGGGGUCAAAAUCAAAAGUAACAGUCAGUAUCUGGUGUCGCCACCAGCUGCAUUAAGUACUGCAGUGCAUCUCCUCCUCAUGGACUGCACCAGAUUUGCCAGUUCUUGCUGUGAGAUGUUACCCCACUCUUCCACCAAGGCACCUGCAAGUUCCCGGACAUUUCUGGGGGGAAUGGCCCUAGCCCUCACCCUCCGAUCCAACAGGUCCCAGACGUGCUCAAUGGGAUUGAGAUCUGGGCUCUUCGCUGGCCAUGGCAGAACACUGACAUUCCUGUCUUGCUGGAAAUCACGCACAGAACGAGCAGUAUGGCUGGUGUCAUUGUCAUGCUGGAGGGUCAUGUCAGGAUGAGCCUGCAGGAAGGGUACCACAUGAAGGAGGAGGAUGUCUUCCCUGUAACGCAUAGCGUUGAGAUUGCCAGCAAUGACAACAAGCUCACCGCCCCAGACCAUGACGGACCCUCCACCUCCAAAUUGAUCCUGCUCCAGAGUACAGGCCUCAGUGUAACGCUCAUUCCUUCGGCGAUAAACGCGAAUCCGACCAUCACCCCUGGUGAGACAAAACUGCGACUCGUCAGUGAAGAGCACUUUUUGCCAGUCCUGUCUGGUCCAGCGACGGUGGGUUUGUGCCCAUAGGCGACGUUGUUGCCGGUGAUGUCUGGUGAGGACCUGCCUUACAACAGGCCUACAAGCCCUCAGUCCAGCCUCUCUCAGCCUUUUGCGGACAGUCUGAGCACUGAUGGAGGGAUUGUGCGUUCCUGGUGUAACUCGGGCAGUUGUUGUUGCCAUCUUGUACCUGUCCCACAGGUGUGAUGUUCCAAUGUACCGAUCCUGUGCAGGUGUUGUUACACGUGGUCUGCCACUGCGAGGACAAUCAGCUGUCCAUCCUGUCUCCCUGUAGCGCUGUCUUAGGCAUCUCACGGACAUUGCAAUUUAUUGCCCUGGCCACAUCUGCAGUCCUCAUGCCUCCUUGCAGCAUGCCUAAGGCACAUUCACGCAGAUGAGUAGGGACCCUGGGCAUCUUUCUUUUGAUGUUUUUCAGAGUCAGUAGAAAGGCCUCUUUAGUGUCCUAAGUUUUCAUAACUGUGACCUUAAUUGCCUACCGUCUGUAAGCUGUUAGUGUCUUAACGACUGUUCCACAGGUGCAUGUUCAUUAAUUGUUUAUGGUUCAUUGAACAAGCAUGGGAAACAGUGUUUAAACCCUUUACAAUGAAGAUCUGUGAAGUUGUAUUUUUACUAAUUAUCUUUGAAAGACAUGGUCCUGAAAAAGGGACGUUUCUUUUUUUGAUGAGUUUAGAAUAGCUCGAAUACGUGUACACUUCUUGAAUAUGAAUUCUCUAGCUAGGUAAGACGACAUUGUAACAGCAUUGUAACUGUACUAAAGCACAAGGGAUUUGAUAAAAGGUAUCUGUGUGAAAAUCCCUGUACUGCAUUGAUUUUGAGUCCUUUCUUCUCCUAAGAGAGGUCUUUUAAUCUAAAUUAAGUACUUUGGUCUUUUGAAGAGAGCAGAACACAGUUCAGUAGGGGUUACAGUCAUUCACCCUAUCACUAAUGCUCAUUGGAUUUCUUCAGGGGUGCAACUUUAGUUUUAGAAGUGGGGGGGAUAAACACUCCAAACAGCCUAUCCGACCGCUCAGAGGCGUCCGCAUGGUCCUAAAGCACACCUUUGCCUCGCUUGUAUCACUUUCCAAUGAUCAAACUGGGGGGGACAAAAAUGCAAUUUCAGAAUGUGGAAAUGUCCCCCCCCCCCCCGUCCCCCCCCCCCCCCCCCCCGUCCCCAGUGAAAGUUCUUGUUAGAGUAGCUUCCAGACAGGGGCCUUGAAAAGCAUUGGAUUUGAUAAUGUGGCUUCAACAUGUGUCAACCUGAUUAUGGAGUAUAUGUGUCCAACCUUUUCACUUUCCAAGACUAAUCGACGAAGCCACUCUUCAGUCCCAUCUUUGUGAUUAAGGCUGUACUGUAAUAAAGAGUUCAUUCAAUAAUGAAUUUCAUAUCAGUACACAGUCUACCUAAGGAAAGCGCUGCACCAUUUUACCUUAGUUCCUCAGUAUUGAAAUGUGAAUGAGAAGAUAUACUCCCGAGUGGCGCAGUGGUCUAAGGCACUGCAUCACAGUGCUAGCUGUGCCACUAGAGAUCCUGGUUCAAAUGGCCGGCAGGGGAUGUAGCUCAGUUGAUAGAGCAUGGUGUUUGCAACGCCAGGGUUGUGGGUUCGAUAAAAUAAUGUAUGCGCUAACUGUAAGUCGCUCUGGGUAAGAGCGUCUGCUAAAUGACUUAAAUGUAAGAUUGAGGCCAUACUACAGGAAACAUUUCCUCACAAAUGUUUCUGUCAUAUGACUACGUAUUCCCUUGUACUAUACACAAUUUUACCACACAUUCUGUGCCAUACCUGCCAUGGCUCCAUUGAGAAACCUAUCAUAUUUGACAAAGAGAGCAAUGGUAAGGUAUAUGACCUGAAAAGUGGCUAGCCCUCAAACGGUCUGUGAUGGGGGAACUCCCAGCCCUGUUAACCCUGGUGGCUGGUCUUUGUGUUUCCUGGUGAAACCCCCAUGAGCCAUCCAUCUCCUUCAUUGGGCUUUGAUAAAGGCUACAGCCCACAGGGCAGACACUGCUGUUACCUAUGCACACUACACCAGGUAGGAACACACACAUGCUCUGUUAACCUGCAUGCGCACAACCAUGGAGGGACUCCAUUGGAAUACAAAUUCAUUCCUGCUUGUGGAAGUCCUCAGAGGUAGAGGAAACAUUCUGGCAUUACCAUUUUAACUUCUGAGCACCUGUUUCAACCAUAACAGCAGGGCAAAUUAAGCCACCUGUGCAGAUUUGCAUGUUUGUGGAAGAUUGUACUGUACCCAACAUAACCUACACCAGUAUUCCGUUUUAGAGCCACACAAUCAAGAGGAUUCGGGAGACGUAUAACACAAUUUACAUACCAUGUCCCUUAUCAAAUUGAUGUGCUUGGUGUCUUGGAGCUCUAAUGAAAAAAGUCAGGAUUUCCAAACGUUUCCCAACAUGGGCCUCUAUUCCCUUCACAGAGAGAAAAGGAGGGAAAAUGGCCAAAGAUAUUGUCUGGCCACCAUGACUAACACUACAGAUUAGCCUGGCUGAGGAGAUGACAUGACAUUUCUGUGGAAACAAGAGAAGAGCAGCAUAAUCUUAAUGAGUUCUGCUGAGAGAAGGGAGAGAGAGAGAGAGGAGGACCCAGGUCCUGAGCAUUCCUGACACACUUCACGAUUGGAAAACAAAUACAGGAGGAGGAAAAAGACAAAGAGGAAAGAGAAACAUAAAGAAUGCUGGUUGGACAAAGCUGACAAUACUAUUGUUUGUGAGAAAGUGCCACAGUGUAUGUGGUUAAAAAAUGCCAUAACUGACUGUAGUCUGACACCAAAGCAUGUCUUCUCCAUGGAUCUCUCUGUGAAUCUACAGGUAAAAUAAUAAUAAUUUGGGGGUGCUAAUAUUUGUUCUGUUAUACACAAAUGUGUAAUGGAAAUGUGUUUCUUGCAUAUCCCAACUCCCCCUGAGACACCCACAGGGAGUGGGGUCACAGUCAGGGUCGCCAUUGGAGCAAUUAGGGUUUAGUGCCUUGCUCAAGGGCACAGCGGCAGAUUUUUCACCCUUGUCGGCUCCAGUAUUCAAACAACCUUUUCGGUUAGUGGCCCAACACUCUAACCUUGAGGCUACCUGCCGCCCACCAUGUUUUCCCUCCGAAUGUAUUAUGUUUUAUAUAAAUAGUGUCAAAAUCGACUGCCUUGAGAAACGCCAUCUGAGCACUGCCAUGUCACACCCAGAAGGUCUGAGGGAGAGAUGGAGAUGUGGCGGUAGCGGUGCAUCCGGGGACGAGAGCUAAGCUGUCAGUUCCCUGCCUCUGUUAUUAUGCUUAUAGAACAACCACUUAGUCCAAUGAGGAUGAAUAAUUGAGCGGAACAUGUCCUCCGCCACAGAGGCACACGAAGCCAGGCGUCGGGAGACAUGAGCGUCAGGCGGCGCAAUAAAAUAUGCUAAGUGGCAGGAGAGGAGAGCAUUACAGGGGGAAUCAGAUCAGGCGACACGGAGCGCGGAGAGAGAGAUAAAUUAUCUGUCGCUUAAUGCGAAGCAACGUAAGCAAAUGAGCCGUAGAGGGGAUGAAUUACAGAUUGCCGGCCUACAAUUCUACCACUGAUCCCUCCACAUUAUAUCAAACAGAGAAUGGAGAGAGAGGGGAGGGGGACCAGGCAGAGAGAGGCAUGGCAGGAAGAAUUAGAUUAGCAAUGGGAGCAGUGGUGAGAUGCUGGACUACAGUAUGAAGGGACCUGUUUGCAUCUCGCUGUGACAUCAUAUGAAGUGACAGGUGCAUGUGUAAUAAUUAAAUCUCUGGCUAGAUUAAAUUAUGUUGGUGUUUUAUUCAUACACGAUGCUUGAAGUAGGCCGAAACCCUGUGCAGCAUGAGCUACCAAAACAUUCAUUGUGCUUGUGUCCAUUUAUUUUGGAUCGAAUUUUGCUUGUGAUUGUUUACAUGUAUAUAAAAAAAUACAAACGUGCCAGCCUGGUCAAAAUGACAAGCUUUGUAAAAUAAUGGCAAGCCCAACCAUGUUCACUCUCUGGCAUAAUGAGGCUGGAUGCUGUUGUCCUGUCAGUGGAGAGAGCAGGCAGAGAGACUGAAGCUGUCUGUCCAGGACCAGUCCCCAGAUGACAUUAACCUUCAUCAUUGUGAAGAGGCACUAAGUCCCCCCCUAAAGCGCUACUCUUGGCUACUGAGAGCUAAAACGCUGCGGUGACACUCUGCCGCCCCCUUUGAUCUGCACUUCCUGAUUACAGCCAUGGAGGAGAGCAGAGGAGAGCUGGGGAGGGGGGAUGAGAGGAGGAGAGGAGUGGAAGAGUGGAGGAGAGGAUGAAGUACCCCAGGGACCCUGUGAGCUGUUUGGUCAUGUGUGUGUGUGUGUGUGUGUGUGUGUGUGUGUGUGUGUGUGUGUGUGUUGAGGGGAAGGAGGGGAGGGGGAUCUCUCAGCACAGCCACAUUACCAACCCCCCUUAACAGAAACAGACAAAGACGCAUAUACACACAUGAAUCACACAUGAACGCACACACACUCCCCUCUCCUGGCCUGGUGAUGGAUAACACAGUCAGUGGUCUGCACCAGCACACACAGGUACUCAGAGCUGACCUUUGCAGUGUGCUCCCAGCUGUGUGCUCUGCCUUCGCUUGCUUUGGCCUAUAAAAGCUCCUCUGCGACAGAUGAUCAGAGAAUCUGUCUGUGCGUUCCCUCACACACACUUACUCAACCAUCAAGUGCUCUGUGCUUGGGCUUGAUACUGUCAUUCUAAUGGUUUGUGCACUGAUAUACAUGUAUUGACAUACACAAUACUUUAUGUUUUACUUGCUGUGGGAUUUCAUAUAGAACAUGAAAAUUGCUCCAUACUUCUGUACAGUAGAUCAUAUGAACAAUAUGUUCUAAUGAUGUUCACCCUCCUACAGUUAUCCAUGUACUGUAGAUCACUGGAACGACUCAUCUGAUUUCUUCUCUUCUCCUCCCCUCUCACCCCUCCUUCGUAGAUAAUUGGAACGAUCCCACUGAUGCCCAACUCUGGGGGGCCCUCGAGCCAAUCAGGGGGCGUAAACCCUGCUCUGCAGGUCCAGCCAAUUACACCCCAGCUUCUGACCAACGCCCAGGGCCAGAUCAUCGCCACGGUGAUCGGCAAUCAGAUCCUGCCUGUCAUCAACACCCAGGGAAUCACACUGUCACCAAUCAAGCCUGGACAGCAGGUAACCACAAACAUGCACAGACACAAACAUGCGCGCACACACACAAGACACAAUGCAGGCACAUGAAGAUAUGUUCCUAUUCACAGAAAGACCCAAAACUAUUUCCAUCCAAUUGGCAAUUUCAUGUGAAUAUUCUAAAUUCCACAUAAACAAAUGAUGCGCAUUUUCCCACCAGAGAUGUUUCCAUCAAAUUGACAUGUAGUGCAUAGAAAAAUUACUUUUGUGGUUAAAUUCCCAUGUACGAAUAAAAAUUAAAGUUAAAUGGGUUUCCAUCGCAUGUUCAACUCUACUGAUGGUUUUGUCACGAAAAAUGUUAUAUAGCGAAUGUGCCCACUCUGGUAUUGGCACGUGCGCUCUAGCCAACAUCUUGCAGAUACAGUGUGGGUAUAGCCUACAUUAUGAGAUGAGAUUAUUUCAUUUGUCAAACGUCAAACAAGCAUUGAACAUCAUGUCACCAGAAUAAGACCCUUGAUAUUUAUAGGAAAGGAGUAUCAAGCUCAUCACUGUGCAAUUUCACCACCCUGUGAAGUUCACCAUAGUUUAUUUAAUCUGUAGCCUAAUAAACUGCAUGCUUUCCCGAGUCGUAGUGGGAGGACCACACAACAUGUCAUCACGUGACUCCAAGUUUACUUCAAUAUGAUGGUUAUUAUAUCAAUAUUUGCACAUUAAAGCUUUUCCACCGCCAUUUCUCGCAUAAUUAACUUUACCAUCACAAAAAGAUCCCACCUUGUCUAGCGUAUGUCUUUUGUCGACAUUUAGAAAGUUUACUGUCAAAUCUGCUCUUUCCAUCAGGCCUGUUGUGACAUUUUUUAGGCAUAAAAAGGUUGGAUGGAAACCUGGUUAUAGAUACACACUAAAAAAAUGGGUCUUGAUCUGUGUAGAAAAGUAACCCCUACAAAACUAGUCAAGUCUGAUGUUUUUUCAGCUAUCACAUCUUCUCAUCUUCUAUUUUAACACAACUUGAAUAGGUUUUCCUUCACAAAAACACAACUCCCAACUGUAACAUUUCAUUGCUCCCAGUGUUUGGAAGAAGUUGCUUUCGAUAAAACCAUUCAAAUUGACUCUUUUGACUAGGGCAGUAAAAAUUAUUGAAAUACUGCAGAAAGAAAAAGUCAUAGUGCACAUGCCAAAAUCUGUCAAGCCUUUGAUAAGAAACUCCUUUCUUAGGAGUUAAUAAGCAGUAGGGUGUGUGCGUGUGUGUGUUUGUGUGUGUGUGUGUGUUUGUGUGCGUGUGUGUGUUUGUGUGUGUGUGUGUAAAGCACCUGUCAGGCAUCCUCUUAGACUCCCUCUCAGGAAGUCUGCAGAGCUCCUGCAGAGCCAGACAAAAAACAACGCUUUUCAUCAUCUCACUUAAAACUCAAACACCCCCCCAUUUGUCCUCUGUGACCUGAGCAUGUUGUAAUUCUCUUUAAUAAUCACACAUUUAAAGGGAUAAUCAUGUGUCUCUAGCUAGCAAAACAAUGCAAAACCAGACUGAACCUCUAAAAAGAACAUGAGUUCUUUAGUGCUAUUUGUAUGAGAGUGAGCUUAAACCCCACCUAGUGCUAAAGUUUUAUGUACAAAGUAAAUAGCUUCCUUCUUUUGGACUUGUACAUACAUGGUAGGUGUCAGACGCACACUUACUAAAGAAAAUAAAUAAAUGUCACAGCUUUAAGUCUACCUAAUAUGGACCAGGCUUUCAGCCAUAAAAAAAUAAGGUUACAAAAGUGAAACAUGAUAUGUAAAUGGCAAGGACAAUAGUUAAAUCUAAUAGGAUGGAUUAACUUAGAAGAUGGCCUUAAAUGUGACUUCAUAGAACACCAGAUCACACUCGUGAUCUAAUGAAUGCAUUUGUAGUAAUGUUUAUGGUUUUUGUCCUCACUUCAAAGACACCGACAGUUCCACAAUUGUAAUUUACGAUUGUCAGCGCCGGCAGUGCGGAAUAUUUCCAGUGAAGCUAGAUAAUUCUCUCUGCCUGUCAACUGUCUUGACAGUAUGUGCAUCGCUGUUGAUAUCCACCACCAUUCCAAACAAACACAUGCCGAGGGGAAAAUAAUUAAUAGCAAGAGAGAGGAGUGUGAAAGCCAACCUAGUUUACGGAGGAGACAGCCUUCACUUUAGAGUGAAGACAUAUCAGCUUGAUCUUGUAAGCGCAAUUCAUUUGCGCACUAACAUGAAAAUACAUUGUUUUCAUAGAGUCGAAGCACAUUGCCUGUAAAUCAUAAAUUAUGUUUGAUAUGGGAGCGACGGUGUCCAGGUGUCUUUUCCUGCACAGACCUGCCUUUAUUAGCAAUUCCCUCAUGUCUGAUGACUGGAGAAAACACCCUAUAAUUGUCAUAGUGUUCUCUACACUCCUGUAUGGCAGAGAGAGAGAGAGAGAGAGAGAGAGAGAGAGAGAGAGAGAAGAGAGAGAGAGAGAGAGAGUAGAGAUAGAGAGAGAGAGGGAUGAGAGAGAGAGAGAGCUAGAUAGAGAGAUAGGAUAGAGAGAGAGAUCUCUCUAUAGAUCGCUCAUAUAGAUGAUAGCGUUUGAGAAUAGAGAGGAAGUUGGAGAGAGGAAUACUAAUAUCUUUUUUGAUAGGAUAGAUAGGAAGCUUCUCAUCUCGCUUCUCUCUCCUCUCCUCUCUCCUCUCUCUGCCUCUCUUUCUUCUUCUUUCUCUCGCUCUCUCGAUCUCUCCUCUCUCCUCUUCUCUCUUCUCUCUCUCUCUUCUUUCUUCUCUCUCUCUCUCCUUUUUUUCUCUCUCUCUUUCUCUCUCUCUCUCCUCUUCUCUCGAGAGAGCGAAGAAAUUAAAAUCAGCAGAGCCACCAGUCAUCUCCUAUCAAACCCCACUGUCUGUCUCUAUACAAAUCUUAUACUGUUUCAAUAAAAAUCUAGCUCUGAAUAGUCUACUCUAUUGACCCUACUAUUGAUACUGCAUUGUGUGUUAUCAUUCUGAAUAUUUGUUAGCAUACACAGUAAUGAUCAUAUAACCUCUUUACACAAACCUAAUCAUAUUAUGUUCCGUUGUUAAUAUAAUAUAUAAUAUAAUUGUCACAGCAAUGUCACAGCAAUGUACAAGUGUUUGAGAGUCACCAUAAUUACUGUGUGUGAUUAUGAAGAUCACUUGUAGUGCUAUUGGUGUAACGUUAUAGGGGUUGUAUUGUUGUUUUAAGUCAAUAUUAUUUCUGUGUGUGUGUCCUCAGCUGCCUCAGGCUCAGCAUGUUCAGACAGGCCCAGUGUCGUCUCAGCCCAACCUGCUCCACAUGCCCCACAGCCAGAGUCCUCUCCGCCAGGCCUCUUCCUCCUCCUCCUCCUCCUCUUCCUCCUCCACCCUCAGCGUGGGUCAGCUGGUCAGCAGUGAGUACCCGGCGACACACUCGCACACACACACGCACACACACACACACACACACACACACACACACACACACACACACACACACACACACACACACAUAUUAAGGGAACAUACAAGCCUACAGAUAAACCUACAUUGUCAGAGAAUUACAUUUUGUAAUUGACCACAGUCUUUGGUAUGGUGAACCUUCUAUUUCAAGAGCAUUGGCUUUCUGUUUGUCCAGAAACUUUAGAUUUUUCUCCUUCGUCUUCAUAAAGGAUUUAUUUAAUCCCCUCUUUGUCAAAUAUCUUGUUUAUUAGACUAUCAAAAACACUGUGUGUAAUGAACACCAGCCUCAGUUUCCACAUACUUAGCCCUCUGGUGGACCCUUAAUAAAUCAUAGAGCCUAAGGCUGUCAGCAUGCAACCGUUGCCUUAAAAACUCUGUUUUAAUCAGAUAAAUAUACAUACAUUUCAUUUGUCACAGGCUAUUCACCUAAACUCCCUCAUUUUGAAGGCAUCUGCGCCUGAGUUCUUCAUUCAAUAUAAAGAAGUUGCCAUUGAUCAACUUGUUUUAUAAACUGGGUGGUUUGAGCCCUGAAUUCUGAUAUCAGACCGUAUACCACGGGUUUGACAAAACAUUUAGUUUUACUGCUCUAAAUACGUUGGUAACCAGUUUAUAAUAGCAAUAAGGCUCCUCUGGGGUUUGUUAUAUAUGGCCAAUAUACCACGGCUAAUAUACCACAGUGUUGCGUCAUGCCUAAGAACAGCCCCUAGCCGUGGUAUAUUGGCCAUAUACCACACCUCCUUUGGCCUUAUUGCUUAAUUAUACAAUGGCAUUGUUGAUAACAUUUGUUUCUGAUUGGCUUGUAGGGCAUUCUAGAGCGUGAAUUAUUUCCCUAUAACGCAUGGUAUAUCAGCACAGUAAAAUUCGAUGGCUAUAGUUAAUUUUUACAUGUUCUAUGUUUCAGCUGCUUUUGAAAGUAACAGUCGAAUUGAAAACAUAAUUGUCAUUGUUAAAUUCAAUUUUCAUAAUAGCAAGCUAGGACAUGGUUUGGUUAACUAAACUAGCAAGUCAGUUUGUUUGGUUACCAAAGCAACUACUGUAGCUAUCUAGUAAACUUGCUAGCUACUUCAGUGGAUGUUGAACACAUUUCCACUGUCAAAUGAACAUAUUUCUAGUGGCAGAUGUGUUAAAUUAUAGCCAUGGUAUAAAAGGGACAAUCAACUCGGGGUUCUCCACUAGCGCGUCGUGGAACACACCUUCCACGUCGUUCAAGAACGCAUAGCCCGUCGUUGAAUAUUCCUUCCGUGGACAUGAGCAAUGGAGCAUUAUUUCUGUGUCAAAUCAUACAUAAUACAGUUUGCAUUCUACAUUCCUCUCGCCAAUAUACUGCUGUGGUCCAGCUCAUUGUAUUUGCAAGGUCCUAGGGUAACACUUUAUUUGGAUAGUCCAUCUGUAGACGCUCUACAGACUAUCUACAGACUAUCAGUAACAUUUAACCUAACUAUCUACUAACCCUGCUCUACAGACUAUCUACAGAAUAUCAGUAACAUUUAACCUAACUAUCUACUAACCCUAGCUCUAACCCUAACCUUAACCCUUAUCCUAACCCUAAACUUAACCGUUGCCCUAACCUUAACCCUUACCCUUAUUCUAAACCUAACCCUAACCGUAACCUUAGCAAGCAGUUGCUUAUCAACAGAUAGUUUGUUGAUAGUAUGACCAUCUAUAGAGCAUCUACAGAUGAAAAAUCCGGACUAUCCAAAUAAAGUGUGACUGAAAUUUUUUAAUUUAAAUGAGUGGAUGGGAUUUUUCAAACAGUCAAUGUCUUUUUAGAUCACAAAUACCUACAUAGGGUACAUAGGGAUUUCAAACCCAAUGUAAAUUAAAUCCAACGUAUUAUAUGGAAUAUGUAUUAUUUGUAAAGCCUUGAAGACAGUCAUAUAGGAAGGAGACCAGUGAUGGAGCACAGUGGACAGACAGUGUGGGCACCACUUGCAGAAAAGACGAAUCAUUUCCUAUAGAAACACACUUCAUUGACUCUCCAUUGGGGAUAAUCAGAUGCUCAUCAAGGUGGAACUGAUGAGGACUGAUGAUGCAGCUAGUGCCCAUCCUCCCAUCCUGUUAAGAUAUACAGGGUCUGCAUCCCAAAUGGCAGCUUAUUCCUUAUAUAGUGCCCUACAUUAGACCAGAUGAACCCAGAUGAGGUCCUGGUCAAAGUAGUGCACUACAUUGGGAAUAGGGUGCCAUUUGUGACUGCCUGGUCCUAUGUCUCCAAAUGUUCACACGUCUAGAGCUCUGCCGCUGUAGAAGCUCAGAAUCUCUGUGUCUCUUAUGAGGCCUCACGGCAAGAUGGCAGCCUGAUAGAUUUCUCCUUAAAUACGCUUGGAGGAUUCCUUUAAUAAUUCAUUGAUAAUGACCAAGAUGAAUAAUUCACCGGCACAAACUUUGCUUUAGUAAGCAGGAUGCCAGGGCACCUGACAUUGAUGUACAAUGUGAAAUCACUUUUUAUUAGCUAUGAAAUUCUUCAAAAUGCUAAGGGGGGGGGAAAAAGGUCCCCAAGGUCACUUAAAUGCGGGUCUGAAAAGCAGCAAUUUACAAACAACAUUUAUACAAUAAAAUUGAUUCUUUAGAGAAGAGUUGGAUGUCAUCUUUGAACAAUUGAGUAGUGCUGCACAUACAGCAGCACAGUCUUUCUGUGGAGGUGUCAACUGACUUCCCCAAAGGAGGGACACAUGAAUGGGAAUGAUCCUCUAAUAAACAUUCCACAGUCUUCUCUUUCAUUAUAAAAGCAGGGAGAUUGGGCUAUAAAACAGUUGGCUUUCAGACUGCUUAUUGUUCAUAACCUCCCGAGUGGCGCAGUGGUCUAAGGCACUGCAUCGCAGUGCUAGCUGUGCCACUAGAGAUCCUGGUUCGAAUCCAGGCUCUGUCGUAGCCGGCCGCGACCGGGAGAUCCAUGGGGUGGCGCACAAUUCGUCCAGGGUAGGAGAGGGAAUGGCCGGCAGGGAUGUAGCUCAGUUGGUAGAGCAUGGCGUUUGAAACGCCAGGGUUGCGGGUUCGAUUCCCACGGUGGGCCAGUAUGAAAAAUAUAUAAUGUAUGCACUCACUAACUGUAAGUCGCUCUGGAUAAGAGCGUCUGCUAAAUGACUAAAAUUUAAAAAAUAAUGAAACAGGACGAAUGCCCGAGAAUGGCAAUGGCCCCACAUUGGAUUAACCUAUUGAAUGGACAUGUCUCUAUGCUGUUGAGUCCAUUAUGUGUCCAUCAGUUUUUUUCAUUGAAGAUUAAAUGAGAAACGUUUUCAAUUUAGUGUUAAACGCAAAGCCAGCCUUUCACUCUCGAUACCAUUACAGUACAUAUUGUACAGAGACUGCUAUUAUCAACUAGAGGGCAUAGAAGCACCAGAAUUAGAAUCACUGCUAACUGAGGGUACAAUUCAUAAUAUAUUUCUAAAGCUACUCCUGUUGUUUAUCAACAGAGACCAGCACUGUCACAUUAUACUGGAAUGUAUGUGUACAGUGGCUUGCAAAAGCAUUCACCCCUCUUGGCAUUUUUCAUAUUUUGUUGCCUUACAACCUGGAAUUAAAAUGGAUUUUGUAUCAUUUGAUUUACACAACAUGCCUACCACUUUGAAGAUGCAAAAUAUUUUUUCUUGUGAAACAAACAAGAAAUAAGAUGAAAAAAACAGAAAGCUUGCGCGUGCAUAACUAUUCACUCCCCCCAAAAGUCAAAACAUUGGAGAGACACCUUUUGCAGCAAUUACAGCUGCAAGUCUCUUGGGGCAUUUACAUUUUAGUCAUUUAGCAGAUGCUCUAAUCCAGAGCGAUUUACAGUUUAGUGAGUGCAUACAUUUCUCAUACUGGCCCCCCGUGGGAAACGAACCCACAACCCUGGCAUUGCAAGCGCCAUGCUCUACCAACUGAGCUACAGGGGACCUGUGUAGGUAUGUCUCUAUAAACUUGGCACAUCUAGCCACAUAUUCUCAAUUGGAUUGAGGUCUGGGCUUUGACUAGGCCAUUCCAAGGCAUUUAAAUGUUUCCCCUUAAACCAUUCGAGUGUUGCUUUAGCAGUAUGCUUAGGGUCAUUGUCCUGCUGGAAGGUGAACCUCCGUCCCAGUCUCAAAUCUCUGGAAGACUGAAACUGGUUUCCCUCAAGAAUUUCCUUAUAUUUAGAGCCAUCCAUCAUUACCUUCAAUUCUGACCAGUUUCCCAGUCCCUGCCGAUGAAAAACAUCCCCACAGCAUGAUGCUGCCACCACCAUGCUUCACUGUGGGGAUGGUGUUCUCGGGGUGAUGAGAGGUGUUGGGUUUGCGCCAGACAUAGCGUUUUCCUUGAUGGCCAAAAAGCUCAAUUUUUGUCUCAUCUGACCACAGUACCUUCUUCCAUAUGAUUGGGGAGUCUCCCACAUGCCUUUUGGUGAACACCAAACGUGUUUGCUUAUUUUUUUCUUUAAGCAAUGGCUUUUUUCUGGCCACUCUUCCAUAAAGCCCAGCUCUGUGGCUUGUACGGCUUAAAGUGGACGUAUAGACAGAUACUCCAAUCUCCGCUGUGGAGCUUUGCAGCUCCUUCAGAGUUAUCUUUGGUCUCUUUGUUGCCUCUCUGAUUAAUGCCCUCCUUGCCUGGUCUGUGAGUUUUGGUGGGCGGCCCUCUCUUGGCAGGUUUGUUGUGGUGCCAUAUUCUUUCCAUUUUUUUAUAAUGGAUUUAAUGGUGCUCCGUGGGAUGUUCAAAGUUUCUGAUAUUUUUUUAUAACCCAACCCUGAUCUGUACUUCUCCACAACUUUGUCCCUGACCUGUUUGGAGUGCUCCUUGGUCUUCAUGGUGCCGUUUUCUUGGUGGUGCCCCUUGCUUAGUGGUGUUGCAGACUCUGGGGCCUUUCAGAACAGGUGUAUAUAUACUGAGAUCAUGUGACAGAUCAUGUGACACUUAGAUUGCACACAGGUGGACUUUAUUUAACUAAUUAUGUGACUUCUGAAGGUAAUUGGUUGCACCAGAUCUUAUUUAAGGGCUUCAUAGCAAAGGGGGUGAAUACAUAUGCACACACCACUUUUCAUAUUUUUUUUAUUUUUUUUAACAAGUUACUGUUUUUAUUUCACUUCAACAAUUUGGACUAUUUUGUGUAUGUCCAUUACAUGAAAUCCAAAUAAAAAUUAAUUUAAAUUACAGGUUGUAUUGCAACAAAAUAGGAAAAACGCCAAGGGGAUGAAUACUUUUGCAAGGCACUGUAUUAGCUAUAUUCCUUGUAUUCAGGGUGUUUAACCUCUACAGGAUCAGUGUCCCGUAUACGGGACGGUUGAGCUAACGUGCGCUAAUGUGAUUAGCAUGACUGUUGUGAGUAACAGCAAACUUUCCAGGACAUAGACAUGUCUUAUAUGGGCAGAAAGCUUACAUUCUUGUUAAUCGAACUGCACUGUCCAAUUUACAGUAGCUAUUACAGUGACAAAAUACCAUGCUAUUGUUUGAGGAGAGUGCACAACAACAACAAAAAAUUAUCACGGCAACUGGUUUGAUACAUUCACCUCUGAAGGUAAAUAAUGUACUUACAUUCAGUAAUCUUGCUCUGAUUUGUCAUCCUAAGGGUCCCAAAGAUAAAAUGUAGCAUAGUUUUGUUUGAUAAAAUCCAUUUUUAUAUUCAAAUGUAGGAAUUGGGUUCUACAGUUUGAACCCCUGCUGUCUCUGGCUCCAUACCCACCCCGCCCGGUCCUUCUAGAUGUGUGAAAGUUAGUGUAUAAGCUAAUGAUCCAUCUUGUAUGAUAUUCUUGGGAGUGUGUAAAAUUACAUUUUGUGAUACCAUAUCAUUUUUGUUCUCUAUAGUUAUGUACUUGAAAAUGUAUCAAUUGACCAAUUCGGCACAUUUGGGCAGACUUGAUACAAAAUAGUCCAGUAUUGCAAUGCUCCACUGGAUCAAUCUGAAACUUUGCACACACACUGCUGUCAUCUAGUGACCAAAAUCAAAAUUGCGCCUAAACUGCAAUAUUGCAUUGUGGCCUUUCUCUUGCAUUUCAAAGAUGAUGGAACAAAACAAAAAAUAGAAAACGCAUGUUUUUUUGUUUGUAUUAUCUUUUACCAGAUCUAAUGUGUUAUAUUCUCCUACAUUAAUUUCACAUUUUCACAAACUUCAAAGUGUUUCCUUUCAAAUGGUAUCAAUAAUAUAUCCUUGCUUCAGGUCCUGAGCUACAGGCAGUUAGAUUUGGGUAUGUCAUUUUUAGGCAAAAAUUGAAAUAAAAGGUCAGAUCCUUAAGAGUUUAACGGUGCUAUUCAGGUUAGUGAGCUAUCCCCCCCUCCCCCCUCCAUCUGUACUCCCCGACUAAGAGUUUCUGAGAUUUUGUUCUAUUGAACAUGCCAUCACAAUAAAGGCAUUUUAACCAUAUGAAGAGUGCCUUGGUCCUUCUUGUUUUUUGACCCUUUCUAUUUAUGUUGUAUUGUAGACCCCCAGACGGCUGCCAGUGAGGUGGAUGGGGUCAAUCUGGAGGAGAUUCGGGAGUUCGCCAAAGCGUUCAAAAUCCGCCGCUUGUCCCUGGGCCUGACCCAGACUCAGGUGGGUCAGGCGCUCAGCGCGGCCGAGGGCCCAGCCUAUAGUCAGUCUGCCAUCUGCAGGUAAGGAAGACUUGGGGUGCCAAAUGAUUCACAUCAAAGCAUGGUAUUUCUGAGCAUAGAUCUGUGAAUUAUGGUGUCUUCUGGAAUAUUCCUAUCCUUCCCAUCAAGUGAUAAAAGGGUUUUUCUUGACUGCUGUGCAGAAGUUAAGUAGACUUACUCAUUGUGGUAUUAAAAGGGCAAAAGUAUACAAUAUCUUACCAGUUUUAUUAAAAUAAAUAUGCAGAACAUCAUGUAGAACAUCUGAAACCAUUUUAUAUCUGAAUGAUAUACAGUCAUUUCUCUGUAGAUCAACUGAUCCUCUUGCUGCACUCUCCUGUCAGUUUAGUAGUCGCUACAGGAGACGAAGGUGCUCAGGAGUGCUGUCUUUGAGACUGCACAUAAUCUUUUGGUGUCCAUGACGACUCACAUCCAUAUUUCAUCUCAUAUUUAAGCAGACAUCAUUAAGAUAUUAAAAUGAAUACAUAAUUGAAGACCAUCCAGUCAAAUCAAGGUCUCAUGUCAAUUCUUCAUCCUCCUCUGUUUUUUCUCUUCUCUUACACGACAGUGCUCUGUUACUUAUGCAAAAUACAUUACCUAGAGUAUUACACGAAGCACUUAAUGCAUUUAAUAAUUACUAAGGCAUAUUGCUGUUCACUCUACAUUGGGCUUAAGAGAACCUGACAAGAACUGGUCUGUUAAUAAGAUUGUCGUGUUCUACAGUCCCGUAAGGACAUGCGUUUAAACGCUGCAUUAUCUAUUCAUUAGAUAAUCAGACAUUUAGUGUUACCAGGUAAUGUCUCAUCCUUUUUAUGCCUUUCCUUCCUUAACUUCAGCACCAAUGAACUAGACCCCUUAGAAGUACACUUAUCUCUAAUCAGGCAAAGUGACAUAGGGCAGGUUAUAUUACAUCACAGCAUUCAAACUCCUUCAUUCUUAAGUUUCACAUGAUCUAAAAGUACAAUUAUUUCUGUUUUAUUUGUAUUUGAUUUUUCUCACCAAAUUUGUGAAAUCAAUAGUUUUAAUAUCAUAAUCACAUCUAAUUAAGUUCCGACAUUUGGCAGUGACCUUACUAUGGCUAAUGUCAUGUUACCUUUUCAUUGUACUCUACCCACCCAUAGUAUUGUGCUUUACUGUAGUAGCAUGCUUCACUGUCAGCAGUUAUCAUCAAUGUGCCCCUUCUUAUUCCUGUAUUAAUUUGUACUGAUCUUCUGAAAUGCAUGUGCUCUGCUGAUGACUUGUCCUGCUUAUGUGGCACACUGCUACCAUGCGCUUUUAAAAUUUUCAUCACAUCAACAUCAAACGGCCGAUAUAAUCUGAAACUGGGAGAGCAGGGUUGUUAUGAGCAACAGCCCUUUCAAAGUAAUGUUUAAAGUCUUAAAAAUCACACAUGAAAUAUUUACAAGCAUGCAUAAUUCAGACAUUUAGAACGUACAUUAAAAGCCAUUAGCUUCAAAAAAAUAAACAGGUAAUGUGUCCAUGUGGGUUUAUCUAUGUCGGUAAGACCAUCGUAUUUUGUUGGUAUGACAUUGGACAUGACAGGCAUCUUCUGAUGUUUUAAGUAGAUAGUCUUCACAUGCUUUAGUUUAGUUAACAUCAACAGAGACAUGGAAGUUGGAGGAGACGAGGGGACUGCAUGCUAGCUCAGGGGCAUGUUGUUGUCCUAUAUCACUGGAACAGACAGUGACAGAGGGUUCCAUCUUGUCGGAUUCCAUUGCUCACUUUGUUAAAAAGCUUUAUUAGCUUAUCACAGGGGCACAAACAUCUCAUAAGGACAUCAUCAGACCAAUGGGUUUGAAUAUUGUCUUAUCAUAGAGUGCUUUGUACAAGCAGCAAAUACAAUCUGUCAUGUAGUGUUAAACUAAAAUAAUUAUAUUCCAUAAAUGCUUUUUAGACAACGUUGCAAAUUAUGAUUGAUGGCAUGCUUUCACAAAUGGAUGACACAUUUCAUUGCAGAAAAAUAUGCAUGAAGUUUAAAUCCACCUCCACAUCAAUGCAACUACAUGUCCAAAGAUUCACAGUGCUGUUAAUGUGAAUACUGCUCAGAAUGCAUCAGUGCACAAUGUUGUCUUAACUACUCAUUGCUGGUGUAAUUCCUGAAGGGGAAUUAUGUUGCCAUGUUUAAGCUGCAUGCAUUUACAACAUUAAUUCACACUAGAAUUUACACAUCAAAUUAAGCAGAAACGUGCCUUCACAUCCUCCAUAUUUAUAUUUAAUCACAUCCGCUUCUUUCUCCACCUGUACCUGGCAUGUUGAAUUCAUUACUGAAAGGUGGGAUACUGAUUGAAUACAUCAUAUCUGUCCCCUCUGUCCCCUGUAUUCUGUAAGUAAUGGACCUUCCACUUAGUCAAAUACCCAUUCUUACACAUGGCCUCACGAUAUUGUUAAAGGGUUAAACACAAACAGCACUGUAAGCAUAGGCACUUAGCAGAUGUUUAUGCAUGUCCUGAAAAAGGUACUUCAGACUGUUGAGAGAGAGAGAGAGAGAGAGAGAGAGAGAGAGAGAGAGAGAGAGAGAGAGAGAGAGAGAGAGAGAGAGAGGAGAGAGAGAGAGAGAGAGAGAGAGAGAGAGAGAGAGAGAGAGAGAGAGGAAGGGGGGUAAAAGAGGUAGAUAUAUGUAUUCAUUUCCCACUGGUGGUUCUGAACUAGUAGAAGUGCCUCCUCGCUGAGGAGCCAGCCGAGCAGCUCUCGACUCAUUUGAGUGCAUUUGGUCCCUGUUGAUCCAUGAAAUGUCCUGUUUCUACCCACUCCUUAUAUUUACUGGCUAAUGUAUUCCUUGCAGGAUGGAACCGUCCUUUUCCACUGUUUAAGAGGGGCUUAUAAAUAAUACUGCCCGUCGACAAGCAGAAAUGCACCAACAAUCGUAAAAACAGAGAUGGGAAAAGCGGAAAAACACACAGGGUAUUAUUCCCUGCCGUUCUGUAUAACAAGCCGACUCUCCACUAAGAACUGUCUUUCAUUUUGGUCCUGUGAGAGGGGUCCUUUCUCCCAGCUCUGAGCCAUCUCCUCACCUGCCUUCCAGGAAGAUUCUAUUAAAGGCAUCCAUAAUAGGUCAAGGUCAUAGAAGAGGCCUAGACAUGUUCCGCUGUUGUUUUAAAGGGGUAUCACUUUUUCUCUCUGCCGCUCGCCCCCGAACACCUAGACAGAUGUCUGGACUCUCAUUAGAGGGCAGGCAGCUUAAACCACACUCUGACACUGAUUCCAUUACUAUACAGCAUGUGAGAAACACAGCGACUUUAGCCCAGGUCCAUCAUCCUUCAGCAUGUCCAAGCCAAACGCCAUCUCUGUGCUUGUCUCACAGAACACUGCAGCUGACAGGGUCAAAAUACACUGAGCUACAGUACAGAUACCCCUUAAAGUGUUCUAAUAGUACAGUAGUAUAUACCCACUAUUUGUUGAGAUCAUACUGAUUCAACAAGCCAUAAUUUAGCUACUGUUCAUGACUCAGGAACUCUUUCAAAAAAUUGGAACUAUAGUUUUGAGCUAAAGUACACAAUACACUAAAUUAGAAUAUUUACUUAUGCUUCAUGCAUUCAUAAACUUGCAAGUAUAUUCAAAACUGAAGGGUGGAAAUGUAUUCUUAUUAAAUAUAAAAUGAGUGCUUGAGGAGGGAGAAAAAUGUAUUUAAUUUGUAUUUUGAUAAAUAAUUCAAACUGCUUUUGUAAAUAAAUGACAAUUCUGUAUUUAAGUGCAUGCACUGCUGCCUGUUUGACCAUAUGAAUUAAAAACCUUGAUUUUUAUCACUUGAAGGGAAGGUAUGGGAAAAAUGUUCAGUGCAUUGUUUGGUUAACCCCUUCUUACCUUUUGUUGAUUGAUGAUAUGAUAGGUCGAUGGUAUUGUAUAUCCAUGCAUACUAGUGUAGUCUCCAUAGCUAAAGCUCAGUGUUUGAUAAAGAUAGUCAGGUGCUCGGGACGUUUUUUUUGGUCCAUCUGAAGUAUUUUUUUAGCCAUUGGAAGGGUCUCUUCACCCCAACGCUGCUUAUCUGGGACAGAGAAUUACAGCCACAGCCAACCAAACACAAGACAAGUAAACAAAGCGAAAACAAAAUGGCACCACAUGUAACGUUCACUUCCAACUGCUUUAACUUUGGCUACAAACUGUCAUGGAUGUAACCAAGGCUGGUGGGUGUCUCUGUCCCAGUGGCAGCUGCUUGGGAUAGGAGGCCCUUCCAGUUCACUGAGGCAGGCAGGUUAUCCCUUGGCCCAGCAGGGCACCUAAGUAAGAUUCUUCUCUCUCAAUUCUCCCCAGACACACCAUCCUGAGAAGCCACUUUUUCCUACCACAGGAAGCCCAAGAGAACCCUAUAGGUAGCAGUCUGACAGGCAAACUGAACCCUGGCCUUUUAUAUCCUGCCAGGUUUGAGAAGUUGGACAUCACCCCAAAAAGCGCCCAGAAGAUUAAGCCGGUUCUGGAACGCUGGAUGGCCGAGGCCGAGGCCCGCCACCGGUCCGGCAUGCAGAACCUGACCGAGUUUAUCGGCAGCGAGCCCUCCAAAAAACGCAAGCGGAGGACCUCUUUCACCCCACAAGCUCUGGAGAUCCUCAACAGCCAUUUUGAGAAGAACACGCACCCCUCUGGACAGGAAAUGACCGAGAUAGCCGAGAAACUGAACUAUGACCGUGAGGUGGUCCGCGUCUGGUUCUGCAACAAGAGGCAAGCGUUGAAAAACACAAUAAAGCGGUUGAAACAGCCCGGUGACCUGGACCUGGACCUUGGCCCGACCGCGCCCAUGGACCCUCUGUCUGAUUCUCUGGAAGAGCUCCCAAAAUGA